GUAAAUUGAUAUUGAAGAAUAAAUCAUCUGGCGAAUUUCAUUUUUUCCGGUGGAUAGUUUUGCAGCGUUGCAGGCAGCCAUUCUUUGACCGACAAGAAUUCGUUUAUCUCAUCCACAUCAACGGGCGCACUGCUGCAGUGCCAUCUGACGUAGCUGGGUGAACAACCCAUUCCAGUACAAUAACUCCAGCUCCGGGUUUUAAAGCCACCUCGAAUCUAUCGCAACCAUACAGUGAUCGCACCGCAGAAUGAAGUAGUUAGUGGGAAUAGAAACACUAUGGCUGACAGUCUCUCUCUGACUCAGCUCUCAAGUGGAAAUCCUGUCUAUGAAAAAUACUAUAAACAGGUUGACCCGUCUGGUAGUGGACAGGUGGCAGCUGCUGAUGCAGCCUUGUUCCUGAAGAGAUCAGGCCUAGCAGACCUUGUCCUGGGCAAGGUCUGGGAUUUGGCAGAUUCAGAACGCAAGGGGUGCCUUAACAAACAGCAAUUCUUCAUUGCUCUCCGGUUGGUGGCCUGUGCCCAAAAUGGACUGGAGGUGGCACUCAAGAGUCUAAAUUUGGCAGUUUCUCUUCCAAAGUUUCAGGACACAAGCAGCCCACUUCUACUUGGGGGAGUGUCCAUUGACAGCCCUUGGGUGGUCAAGAUGGAAGAGAAGCUGAAAUUUGAUGCAGUCUUUGACAGCCUCUCCCCCGUUAGUGGCAUGCUCUCUGGGGAGAAGGUCAAACCAGUGUUGCUGAACUCCAAACUUCCAGUGGACGUACUGGGAAGGGUAUGGGAACUGAGUGACCUAGACAGAGAUGGUAUGCUUGACCGAGAUGAAUUUGCUGUGGCCAUGUACCUUGUCUACAGAGCUCUGGAGGGGGAGCCCGUGCCCAUGUCUCUACCUGCUCCUCUAGUUCCCCCCUCCAAGAGGAAAAAGCCCCCUGUCUCUGUACCCCCAGUGAUGCCCCUUAUACCCUCGCCCCCCUCCAUCAAAGAGAGCCGCUCCUCCCUUUCAGGGUCUAAAACCCUGCCCUCCAAACCAGCCGCGACCCCAGUCACAUGGGCUGUAUCUCCUCCAGACAAAUCCAAGUAUGACGAGGUGUUUGCAAAGACCGAUCUUGACAUGGAUGGGCUGGUGUCUGGGCCUGAAGUCAGAGAUAUCUUCUUAAAGACUGGCUUGCCCUCUGCCACACUAGCACACAUCUGGGAGCUCUGUGACAUUGGGGACAUGGGGAAGCUUACCAGGGAACAGUUUGCACUAGCGCUGCAUCUAAUUAACCAGAAACUGACCACCGGUGUGGACCCACCCCAGAACCUCUCUCCUGAAAUGAUCCCUCCCUCUGACAGACUGAGCCUAGCAACCAAGCAGAGCAACGCAGCAAAUCUGGCAGCAGACUUUUCUGCCAUCAAGGAACUGGACUCACUCAGCAAUGAGAUUGUUGACCUACAAAGGGAGAAGAGCAAUGUGGAACAGGAAAUUAAAGAGCAGGAGAAGAGCAUCAGAGAAAGGACCAGUGAAGUCCAGGACCUGCAGAAUCAGGUGCAGAAGGAAAGCGGCGAGCUGCAGCGGCUGCAGUCUCAGCGCCAGGAGGUCCAGGAUACUCUGGAGGAGCUGGACCAGCAGAAGACCACUCUGGAGGAGCAGCUUCGUCACAUCUGCCAGCAGUGCAGCCAUGAGAACCAGCUGAUCUUGUCACUAGAGGCGGAACACACGGCGCAGGAGCAGAGGAUAGAGGAGUACGAGGAGCAGCUGGUGCAGGCCAGAGAGGAGCUGCUGCGACUGCAGGAGGAGGGCCAGCAGCUGGAAGAGAAGGUGCAGGCAGCGCGGGAGCAGUUCACCCCCUUGCAGGAAUCGGUCAAGGACUCCUUCUCUCAGGUAUCUCAGGUGCACCAGAAGCAAAGUGAUCUACAGAUUGAGGAGCGGAUGGUCACGGCCCAGCUCAGCUGUAAGAAUUCCUUAGAGGAGGAUCCAGUGCUGGUGAAUGGCUCAGCGAAGGAGCAGCAUCAGGAAGACCAGCCUGAGGAGCUGAGAGUAGAGCCUCCAGCCAGCCAGCCACAGAUGGAGCCUGCUGAACCAAUGGAAGAAGUAGAUGAGGAGGAUCGGCCUAAGACCCCAGAGGAACCAGAGCCCAAGUCUGAUGCCUUCGAAGACCUCUAUAACAGCUUAUCUUCCACUGUCUGGCCAGUACCACAGGACAACCUUGUGAAGGAGCACAUUAGUCCCAUUGCUUUCCCCCUUCAGGAGCACAGCAGUCCUACUGCUGAAGUUGAAGCAGAGGUCAAAGAUCUAGAAAAAGAAGAUGAGGAGUCGUCGUUUAAAGCGAGCACUCCCAAGCAGGUGGACUCUCCAGAGCCAGAACUGAGACCAGAGUCAACUGAGCCUCCCCAUGCUACCCUGCCUGUGCUGCCUCCACAGACCACUUCCCAUCCAGUCCCUGAUUUGGACUUCUUCCAGUCAGACCCCUUCACUGACCAGGAUCCAUUUAAAGAUGAUCUGUUUGGAAAGGCAGAUGUUUCUGAUCCAUUUGGAGGGGACCCAUUCAAGGGUACAGAUCCCUUUUCUGCUGACUCCUUCUUCAAGCAGUCUUCGGCCUCCCCCUUCCCUUCUGCUGACCCCUUCAGUGGCAGCGCCAGCCUAGUGGAGCCUGACCUGUUUCCAGCUCCUCUUAACGAGGCUGCAGGGCUGGACCCCUUCAGUGGCAGCGCCAGCCUAGUGGAGCCUGACCUGUUUCCAGCUCCUCUUAACGAGGCUGCAAGGCUGGACCCCUUCAGCUCCAAAGCCAACAACAAGGCAGCCAGGGACCCCUUCAGCGCCAAGGUCAACAACGUGGAUGCGGAUCCGUUUGGAUCCAAAAUGGACUCCCUGGCAGAGGCAGACCCGUUUGGCUCCCAGUGUACUACAGGCCCGGAUCCCUUCAGCUGCUCCCAGCCAGGCUCUGAGCUCCCCACUGAUCUCAUUGCAGCAACCAAUGACCCUUUUGCGCCUGGAGGCACUGCUGGAAAUACUGGCUCUGACCCAGAUCCAUUUGCUGCUGUGUUUGGCAUCGAAUCAUUUGGAGUGGGAUUUGCAGACUUCAGUGCCUUGGCCAAGUCAAACGGUGCCGACCUCUUCGCCUCAUCCAACUCCUCCAACAACAAGAACCUGUUCAAGGAGGACAGCCAGCCUAGCAGCCUUGAUGUUCCCCCAGCCUUGCCCCCCAAGACAGGAACGCCCACCAGACCUCCCCCACCACCCCCAGGUAAGAGAGCCGACAUCUCCAGGUCCGAGACGUCGGACUCGUUCCACAGAAGGGGGCCAUUUCUGCCCCAGGGCCCAGGAGACCCCCCUUUCUCCCAACCUGCCAAGGAUGCUGCCCAAGACCCGUUUGCCCCAUCCUCACCCCGCCAGCCCGCACGGGACCCAGACCGAUUUGCCAGCUUUGACAAACAGCAGUACCAUACUGAGGAGGACAUGAUUGAGUGGGCGAAGAGGGAGAGUGAGCGGGAGGAGAAGGAGCGCUUGGCCAGACAGGCACAACAGGAGCAAGAGGAUCUGGAGCUGGCCAUUGCCCUGAGCCAGUCAGAGUUUUCCUGAAAGACUCCCGGUUGCCCUGUGUGACCCAGCACUAACCAAAGGAAGGAGGGAGGGGUGGGAGAACUGAACUAAAUGGCCUACUCAGACCCAAUGAAGAGAUGUUGAGUAUUGGCUCUUCCUCCCACCCAUUAACCCCUUUUCAUUUUCUCCUACCCUCUCAUUUUGUUUCACUCAUCUAUGGCCUUUUCAGUGUGUCUUUCAGUGUGUCUUCAAUGGUGUUUGUCCAGGUGGUGGGUAUAGGAACUGUGAUGUUCUCUGUUAGGCUUCAAUAUCUCUCCUGAUACAGUAAAUAGACAUGGAGAUUGUAAAGUAUAUGUAUACAGACCUAAUUGUUAAUAACCAACUCCUGUUAGCAAUGCUCUUGUCUAGAAGCCUGCUCAUACCGAGACCACCAGAUAGUAUUGAGCACUUAUGGUAACCAUUUCUCCCUGAGAUUGAAUGUAAGAGUGGCAACAUGCCUUUUUCCUGUCUUCCCACUUGUUUUUUUCUUUUUGAAAUUAUGAACUUUAUAAUAUGAUUAACUCUAACAAGAUAAUAAGAGUCAUGUUCCUCUAAUUAAUCUGUGUGUAAACCAAUGUCAAAUUGUAAUCCAUAUUUGAUUCAUUUGGCUGUAUACCAGACAUGUAAAAAAAAAUAGUGAAUUGGAUUUAAUGUCUGAGCUGAGGUUUUGCUAGUGCUUGUGUAAAAACACAUCUUAGAGAUGACCUGACGUAUGUCCUUACGAGAGUAGCCAUUUUAUGUAGAGAGUAGUCAAACGGUGCAGAGGGUUGGAAGGGAAAAGAGGAGAUCCCGCUUCAGAUACACACGGGUGGUUGUCCCGACUACUUUGACUACACUUAACUUUGAAUUGAAUUUGUGCAUAUAUUUCUGAUCACCCUACUUACUAUAGGUUGUUCACCUUUCUCUCAACUCUUCCUCUCAUCAACGUGUCCUUAAAUGUAUCUUUAUAUGCCAAACACCAGGCAGUGAAUAAGACUCACAUGCUCAUUAUCUGUUUGGAAAGUAAUAAUGAUCUUGUAAACCAUGUAACUCCCUGGUCACUCACUCCAUUGUCCUCAGUGUCGUCUUCCUAAUAGUCUCUUCAUUCUGAAAGGUUUAUUAUAGCUGUACUAAGGGUUGUACAUUUGCAAAAAAUAAGUAAACCAGUAAAACAACUUUUAUGUUCAGUUAUAUCCAGACCUCUGCAUGUAGGACGCUUUUUCUUAGCGUGAAAUGUAAUCUACCCCCACCCAACACUACCCACCAAUAGUCAAGUCAAAACUAUUGACCACAAACAAUUAUUGUGGUUCAUGAAGUGACAUUUGAACAAAUGAGAAAGUAAGUUGGUUGUACAGGAAGAUGUUUUUAAAUGUAUUUUAAGUGGAAAAAUAUAUAAUUAUUAUAAUUGUUAACUAGAAACCGGAUACAGGCUGAGUGUAAUACGCACAAGAAGAGUAGCUGCUGCCUUGGCAACAGCUAAUGGGCAUCCCUAAUAAAUACAAAUGCAAAUUAUCCCUAUUAGAAUAGCUGUCUUCUGUAAAUGGUCUGAUUCUGUCACCAAAAUCCACAACACGUGACACCCUGUCUCACCUAUUUAGGGAUACAGUCGUUUAGCCAUGUCUUCUGAUUCAGGGAGUUAUGUACCCUUGUUAUAACCAAUAGGUUAUAGUUUAUAACUAUGCCCAAUUUUCCUGCUCAGGAAAAACUCCUGACCCAAUAUGGCAAAUUCUCCACUGUAUAUAGGCUCAACAUUUAUAAUACCUAGCUUCAGUUGAAUACAGCCAUCAGCAGGGGGUUCAGUUAUAAAGAAAGUGGGUGUUAGUAUUCUGAACCAUCUUGUUUUUCAAAAAAGGUUUUUUUUUUGUACAAAGGCUGUUCUUCUGUCUGUGAACUUCAGUCACUUGAGGGUUUUACUUAAAAAGCCUUUUUGUGUUGGUGAGGAGAGACAGAAUUAGAGUGGGGGGGGGGGGUAAAUGUAACUGUAAGGCAUUUUAAAGCAUACCAUUGUUUUUUUUGUUUCCAGAUUAAAUGAGAAUAAUUGUCACUAAUCAAGAGGGGUGUAAUGUGAAAGUACCCCGUUGACAAGGGAAUGGCGUGGCUCAAGUUAUUUGGGAUAUUUUGUUUUCUUACCAAUGUACAACUCAUGGACCCUUUUCAUCCAGGUUUUUAGGUUCAUCAGUAGAGACCAUUCUGUAAAUGAGCACCGUGGUCAGUUAGGACCCCCUAGGUGUUGUUCAUUCAACAAAUGUUUCUGUUUGUAAAUACAAUGGCGUUGUAAAUUCUCCAGAGACAGCUGUGUUCCUUUUGUACCAUCUGGUAUUUAAAGGCUAUCGGAUACUAUUGAUCAUCAUGUCAUUUGUAUAGACUUCUUUUAUUUUGAAAUAAAAAAAAACACUUGUUGUUCUAAGCCAUCUACCUAUAGGUUUUUAAAAACGGGUUUAUUGUAGGCUUUUUUGACUUAUCAUUUUUUUAACAUGUCAGUAAUGGUCAGAAUAUACUAAGUGAAACAUUUAAUUGAAAACAGAAUAAUAAAUAUAAACCCUUCGAACAA